GAUAAGGCCAUCAAGCGUUUCAAUGUGAGGAACAUCGUCGAUGCCUCUUCCCAGAGGGAUAUCCGUGAGGCCUCUGUCUACCAGUCCUACGCUCUCCCUAAGCUUUUCAUCAAGCAGGUGUACUGCGUUUCCUGCGCCAUUCACGCUCGUGUCGUUCGUGUCCGUUCCGCCGAGAAUCGUCGUGUCCGUGAGGCCCCUCCUCGUCGCGGUGCUCCCCAGAGGAACUAA